AUGUUUGAGCAGAAGUUCAGUCAAAGUACAGCCAAGAGCCGCUCUGCAGAUCACGGUCUCUUCCUCCAGGAAGAGGACGCCGCCCCAGCUGUGGGAGUGAGUCUGUGUGACUCCGCCCCCUUGGUGUGGAGGAUGCAGGACCUGAGGGCUGUUAGGGCUCAAGGCCUGGUGGGGGCACUCCUGGGGUCGCUGCCCCGAACGCCGCGACAGAACGGGCGCCUGGGUCGACCGCUGCUGCUGCUGCCGGAGGAGGAGGGGCUGCUGAGGGAGCGCCGCGCCGCUGCAGCCCUGCCGGACCGCUGCCAGGAUUGGGGGGGGGCGGAGCUCCGUCAGAAGUACGAGGAGGAGGAGAGGAGGAGCUUUGAGGAGCAGAGCGUCCUCGCACUGGAGGACAGGAAGUCGGCGCUGCUCCGAGCGAUGACAGGUGCAGACUCUGGCGCUGCGAGUGCAGAUGACGCCCUGCGGCGCCGCCUGCAGGCUCUGGACCAGAACUUCACCUUCCCGCAGUCAGCAAUGGCCGUCCAGCUGAGCACGGCGAGGGCGGGGCUAAGUUACUGUCCUGAAGCCCGAGCCUUCCUGCAGGCCUGCGGGCCGACUGGGGCUGAGCCCCGCUGUGACGCCAGGUACCAGGUGUUCAGAGACCUACGGGGGCGGGGCUUCUACCUGACCUCAGCAGGAAAGUUUGGAGGAGACUUCCUGGUGUAUCCAGGUGACCCUCUGCGGUUCCACGCUCACUUCAUCGCCGUCUGUGUGUCUCUGGAUGAGUCCGUGUGUUUGCUGGAUGUCCUCGCCGUGGCUCGUCUGGGAUCCAACGUGAAGAAGACGGUCCUCCUGUGUUCGCCGGGGCCAGACCCCGGGGUGUGCUACACGUCGCUUCAGUGGAGCGGGAUGAUUUAAACCCGGGGACAGACGGCGCCCGCCGGCCCAUGUUGAGGCAGGUCCGCAUCCUGCAUCUAAAACCUGUUUCUGUUUGAGGCUGAAGAACAACUGCAGGAGGUCAUGUGACUGAGAGGG